CCCCAUUUCAUCUAUCCGAUCUGAUGACAAAAGACUUGUUUCGAUAGAUCCAUCGUGCAAUUGUUGCGUACAGUCGGAGAACGGGGACGGCGAUCCACCGGACAGAGGUCGGAGGCUGCGGGGGGAGUUGAGAGAUUGGAGGUUUGCCAGGGCAAGAUGUUGGAGUGGGCGACGGUGCAGCAUCUCGACUUGAGGCAUGUUGGCCGUGGCCUUAAGCCCCUGCAGCCUCAUGCCGCCGUCUUCCACCCCACUCAAGCGGUCGUCGCAGUUGCUAUCGGCACCUACAUCCUCGAGUUUGAUGCACUCACUGGAAGCAAGAUUUCUUCAAUUGACAUUGGCGCUCGUGUUGUUCGAAUGGCGUAUAGCCCAACUAGUGGACACACUGUUAUUUCUAUCCUUGAGGAUUGCACAAUCCGAGCAUGCGAUUUUGAUUGCGAGCAGACACUUGUGCUACACUCACCUGAAAAAAGAACAGAACAAAUUUCAGUAGAUGCUGAAGUUCAUCUUGCCUUGACGCCUCUCCAGCCCGUCGUGUUUUUUGGCUUCCAUCGACGAAUGAGUGUGACAGUUGUCGGUACGGUUGAGGGGGGUAGGCCACCUACAAGAAUAAAGACUGAUCUUAAAAAGCCUAUUGUCAACAUUGCAUGCCAUCCACGUCUUCCUGUCCUGUAUGUUAGCUAUGCUGAUGGCUUGAUUCGAGCUUACAACAUUCAGACCUAUGCUGUUCACUAUACACUUCAGCUUGAAAAUACAACAAAGCUCGUUGGUGCUGGUUCUUUUGCAUUCCAUCCAACUUUGGAGUGGAUAUUUGUUGGUGAUAGGAGUGGUAGUCUUCUAGCAUGGGAUGUAUCUACUGAGAGACCAAAUAUGAUUGGAAUUACCCAAGCUGGCUCCCAUCCAAUAACAUCUAUUGCAUGGCUCCCAUCUUUGCGAUUGCUUGUUACUGUUUCAAGGGAUGGUGUACUUCAGCUUUGGAAGACACAUGUGCUGAUUAAUCCAAACAGGCAGCCAAUGCAAGCAAAUUUUUUUGAGCAUGCAGCAAUUGAAGCAAUUGACAUUACUCGUAUUUUGUCUCAGAAGGGCGGUGAACCUGUUUAUCCACUCCCAAGAGUUAAAAAUUUGGCAGUUCAUCCAAAGUUAAACCUAGCAGCAUUAGUCUUCACUAAUAUGCCUGGUGGAGAUAAGCAAAAAAAUAGGGCUGCGUAUACCAGGGAGGGAAGGAAACAACUUUUCACUGUUCUUCAAAGUGCCAGGGGGUCAACUGCUGCUGUUCUGAAGGAAAAACUUUCAGCUUUAGGUUCAUCUGGAAUCCUGGCAGACCAUCAACUACAGGCCGAGUUGCAAGAACAACAGUUAAAAGGCCGAAGUCAGGUUACAAUGUCAGAUAUUGCGCGGAAAGCAUUCCUUCACAGUCAUUUCAUGGAGGGGCAUGCAAAAAGUGGCCCAAUAUCUCGGUUGCCUCUCAUAAUGAUCUCAGAUGCAAACAACCUACUAAAGGAUGUUCCUGUUUGUGUGCCUUUCCAUUUGGAGUUGAAUUUCUUCAACAAACAGAAUCGUGUCCUACAGUAUCCAGGCAAGGCAUUUUAUCUAGAUGGAUUCAAUCUAAUGGCUUAUAAUCUCUCCACAGGAGCUGAAAGUUUGUGCAAAAAGCUUUACUCAACGAUUCCUGGAAAUGUAGAGUGCCUUCCGAAGCACAUGCUUUACAGUUCAAAACAACGCUUGUUUUUUGUUGUCUUUGAAUUGAUUGGCACAAAUGGUUCCCUUCAUGAAGUUGUUAUUCACCGGGAGCCGACAGAUGAUCAAUCAUCAAAUAACAAAGGAAGUUUAUUAAAAGGCCGAGAUGCAGCACUUUUGAGUUCUAAUGAGAAUCAAUAUGCUAUUCUGGAUGAGGACAGAAGCGGUCUUGCUUUGUAUGUGUUACCCGGACCUACCUUCCAAGAAGUUAAUGAAAAUAAUGGAGCAAUUGAUGGUAACUCUUCUGAUGGUCAACGUGGAUCAGAUAGAGGACCUCAUCAUUUUAUUUUUGAAACAGACGUUGAUCGCAUCUUCUCAUUUCCUUUAGAGUCAACCAUUCUGUAUUCUAUAUCUGGUGAUCAUAUAGGUCUGGCGAAGCUUCUUCAAUCAUAUCAUUUAUCUACUGAUGAUGGACGCAGUAUUUCUACAAAAACUGAGGGGAAGAAGUUUAUUAAUCUUAAACGGAAUGAGCAUGUUAUCCAGGUUCACUGGCAAGAGACUCCCAGGGGUCAUGUUGCUGGGAUUCUUACAAGCCACAGGGUAUUGAUUUGCUCAACUGAUUUAGAAAUAAUUUCUAGCAGUGAAACCAAAUUUGAUGGAGGACACCCAUCUUUCCGAUCUCUUUUAUGGGUUGGGCCUGCACUUCUCUUCUCAAGUGCAACUGCAGUCAGUGUUCUUGGAUGGGAUAACAAAAUUCGAACCAUUCUUUCCACGUGUCUACCAUGUUCUGCAUUGCUUGGCGCAUUAAAUGAUCGCUUAAUGUUUGCAAAUCCGACAGAAAUAAAUCCCCGACAAAAGAAGGGAGUUGAGAUAAGAAGCUGUCUUGUUGGGCUUCUUGAACCUCUUCUGAUUGGAUUUGCAACCAUGCAGCAACAAUUUGAACAGAAAAUUGAUCUUCCAGAGGUCUUAUACCAGAUAACCUCAAGGUUUGAUAGUCUGCGCAUUACUCCAAGGUCUCUGGAUAUAUUGGCUAAUGGCUCCCCUGUUUGUGGGGAUCUUGCUUUAUCUUUAUCCCAAGCAUGCCCACAUUUUACACAGGUACUACGAUGUAUUUAUGCAAUCAAAGCCCUCCGUUUCUCUACUGCUUUAUCAAUCUUAAAGGAUGAAUAUCUGCGUUCAAGAGAUUUCCCCCAGUGUCCUCCUACUUCUCAUUUAUUCCAUCGCUUUCGCCAGCUGGGAUAUGCAUGUAUCAAAUAUGGCCAGUUUGAUAAUGCCAAAGAAACUUUUGAGGUCAUUUCGGACUUUGAGAGUAUGCUUGAUCUUUUCAUAUGCCACUUAAAUCCUAGUGCCCUGCGCCACCUUUCUCAGAAACUAGAAGAUGCUGCAACUGACUUGGAUCUAAGACGAUACUGUGAAAGAAUAUUAAGAGUUCGCUCCACUGGAUGGGGACAGGGUAUUUUUGCUAAUUUUGCAGCUGAAAGUAUGGUCCCUAAAGGGCCUGAAUGGGGUGGUGGAAACUGGGAAAUCAAGACUCCCAUCAGCAUGAAAGAUAUACCCCAGUGGGAGCUGGCAGGGGAAGUCAUGCCAUACAUGAAGACCAGUGAAGGCGGUAUUCCAACCAUCAUAGCAGAUCAAAUUGGUGUUUACCUAGGUGUAGUUAGAGGAAAGGGAAGUAUUGUAGAAGUAAGUGAAACCAGUUUGAUUAAAGCAUUCACAGCAUCAAUAAAUGAGAACAAGUCAUCAAAAUCUGAUUUACUACCUAAUUUGAACAAGGAAGGUCCAAACGCAAUUGCAAAAGCAAAUCCUGUAGUGGAUAUUUUAACCAAGCAAUUAGUAGGUGCUGCUCCUAAAGACGAGCAGGCAAAAGCAGAAGAAGAGUUCAAGAAAUCUUUGUAUGGUACUGUUGAUGUGAGCAGCGGUGAGGAGGAUGAAGCAACAUCAAAAAACAAAAAGAUAAGGAUAAGAAUCCGAGACAAGCCAAUUGAUGGCCCUACUGUGGAUGUUAACAAAAUCAAAGAAGCCACGAAACAAUUCAGACUUGGCGAUGCUCCCAUGAGGACCAAGUCAGGAGGAUCUCAAGAUAUAUCAAUAGCUUCAUCACAGCCAUCAUCCAUAAGGACUGCGGCUGCAGCAAGUCCUGCAAUUGAUAUGUUUGGGAAUGACACUUCUAUCCCUACUACCUCAAUGCAGACAAACCCUAUGAUUACUGGUAUGGGAGUGUCAGCUGGACCUAUUCCCGAGGACUUCUUUAAGAACACAAUUCCUUCAUUUGAGGUUGCUGCCUCGCUGCCGCCUCCUGGGGCAUAUUUGUCUAAAAUGGAACAAAAUUCUCAAGUAAUGGAAGGAAACAGGUUUGCUUCAAAUAGGGAGGUGAUGACAAAUGUUGGCUUCCCAGAGGGUGGUGUACCACCUCAGGUGUUUCAACAGACUGGUGUUCCUUUAGAGGCAAUUAGUCUUCCUGAUGGUGGAAUACCUCCACAAUCUCAGGCUCCUGCCAUUGGUCCUCCCUCUCUCAUGUCUAUGCCCUCACAGCCAGUUGAUCUAAGCUAUCUUGAAAUUCCAGGAUCCGACUACACAGCUGCUGCAACAAAACCGUCUCCUGCGCCUUCAACAGUUCCCACUUCUGUUGCUCCUGGCCAAGUUCCCCGGGGUGCUUCUGCUGCCAUUUGUUUUAAAACAGGGCUUGCUCAUCUUGAACAAAACCAGCUUUCUGAUGCAUUGUCUUGUUUUGAUGAAGCAUUUCUGGCUCUUGCUCAGGAUCAGUCACGGGGAGAUGAUAUAAAAGCACAAGCCACCAUAUGCGCCCAGUACAAGAUUGCUGUUGCCUUAUUGCAGGAAAUUGCACGCCUCCAAAAGGUCCAAGGUCCUAGCAUGAUCAGUGCAAAGGAGGAGAUGGCAAGGCUCUCUCGCCAUCUUGGUUCUCUACCGCUUCUUGCAAAGCACCGGAUUAACUGCAUAAGAACCGCCAUUAAACGCAACAUGGAAGUUCAGAACUAUGGUUAUGCGAAGCAAAUGCUUGACCUCCUCCUCUCAAAAGCUCCACCUACCAAGCAGGAUGAGCUGAAGAGCCUGAUUGAUAUGUGCGCGCAGAGAGGGCUCUCAAACAAAUCAAUGGAUCCACAGGAAGAUCCCUCGCAAUUCUGCGCCGCAACCCUCGGCCGUCUCCCGACAAUUGGUCAUGAUAUCUGUAGCCUAUGCGGUGCAAAAUUCUCUGCUCUCUCCACACCUGGAUGCAUAGUUUGUGGUAUGGGAAGCAUCAAGAGAUCAGAUUCUGCUGCAGGUCCAGUGCCCUCUCCAUUUGGGUGAGAUUCGAUCUCUAUAGCUUAGCUUUUGCUUUUGUUUGUAUGAUUUUAAUGUCUUUAUGUAUUUUUUUCUAUCAUUUGUGACUUCUUUUAGAGAGAGGGAGAGGAGCUGUAAUUCACUUUUGUAAUGAAAAUUUGUGUUUCUCACGUCUUAUUCUUUAUAACUUUUUAUUUUUUGAAACGAUCUAAAGGGAAAUUGAGUUCUUGCAUUUUAGUUUCCCAGUUGCUGGAAUGGAAACUGUAAGUGAGAACAUUCGAUAAAA